AACAUCGGGAGGGGACCCAGUGAAAGUACCUUGACAUUGCCGAGUAUAUAAACUCUCAACUCCCCAAUUCAUUCAUCAGUCAGUCGAACUGCAUUAAUCUUCCUUCAUUUCAUUUACACACAAAACCCAAGCCAGUGUACAAUGAAGUCUUUUGUAUGCGUAGCACUCCUUUGCGCUUUUGCAUCCGUAAAUGCCGGCUUUUCGAGCAGUUACGGCGGCGGCGGCGGCCAUGAGGAAGGCGGCUACGGAGGCGGUCACCACGACAUUUCACACACUGUAGAAAUCCACAAACCUGUCCCAGUUCCCGUCUACCAGCACGUCAGCGUGCCCAUUCCGCACGCUGUCCCUGUGCCCGUCCCCAAGCCGGUGGCGGUGCCCGUGCCCCAGCCCUACCCCGUCCACGUGCACGUGCCCCAGCCGGUGGCGGUGCCCGUCAUCAAAACCAUCACCGUUCCCGUUGAGAAACCUGUACCUUUUAAGGUCGAAAAAGAGGUGCAUUACCACGUGGAGAAACCGGUGCCUGUUCCAGUCGAAAAACACGUACAAAUACCCAUACCUAAGCCCGUCCCUGUUAAAGUGCCCGUCUACAAGACCAUCUAUCAUCAUAGCAAGCACUGAUCCAAAAAUGCAAGGCUGUUACUACCAUCAUCCUUCAUCGUCAUAGUCAUUUCUCAUUUGUUGUUGUUUGUUGUUUUGUUAAUUUUUUUUUACUUAAUUAAAUAAGUUUUCUAUAAUACAA